ACAUUGUUACAUCAUCAGUGAUGGAUUCCGAAAUUAGAUUUACAAAAAUUGUAAAUUUAAGUAAAAAAUGUCUGGCUCUGCCUUACAGAGGAACAACUGUGUUUAUCCCCUUAUUCCACACCAAGGAUUAAAACCUAAAAACUGUAUUUUCUAAUCAAGUUCAAAUCAAAUUCAAAUCAAGUUUGAGUAUGUUUUUCCUGUUUCCAGUUACUACAAUCAGUUCACAAGAAAUACUGUGGAGUUCUUUUUACCAAAGAAGACACCGUAAAUGGCUUAAGGAGGGGAAAUGCUAUUGGCUAGGCUUCCUUUCUGAUGAAAAAAAUCGCAAGGCUGGCAUUAGAUGCGAGGAGCCAGGCCCUGGAUGGAAACUAUUUGAUGUCCGGGUCCUAUUUCAGAAAGACGACUACACUGCGGCCACCCUAAAAUUAAAAGAAUACCUAAAAGAUGGAACUGAAUGCCUACAGUCUGAGUCUGAGGAGGAGUCAAAACGACGACGCAAAGAAAAUUCUAGAUAUGACAGCGAUUAUGAGCCCAUAGUGGUGUCCAAAAGAACUGUGUCUGCUAAAUAUCCCCAAAAUCCUCCAUUACCUCCAGUACCCUCUAUACCACCACUCCCCAACUAUGGUGACAGUAGGAAGCAGGGCUUCCUAUUCAGGCCCUCCUUUCGAAUAGGUAAUGGGACUGGCCCCAUUAGAUGCACAGGAGCAGUACGCACUGGCAGGGCCGUUUCAAGGAAUUUGGGGGCCCCAAGCAAAAUGGACAUGGAGCCCCCACUCCCCCCCGCACAGCCUACAGGAACCACAGCAUACAGUAGCCAUACAGUUUAAGUUCACCCACACUUUAUAUAAAUAAAAAAUGUUGACAGUGCAAAUACUGCUGUUGCAUAUAUAUACUGUGCAUUAGUUUUGAACAUUUUGAAAAAAAAUAUGAAAUUACCUGUAAAGUACGUUGACCAUUUCAC